AUGGAUGGCGACAUCCAGGCAAAGCUGGUUUACCUCUUAGAUAGUCUCAAGUCAUUGGAGCCCACACAGACAGUAGUCACUGCGGGCAAGGAAAUUAGCCUGCCUGAAGGCACCCUACUAGGUCACGGCAUUGUGGCGGGGACCGCGGUGGAGGAAGAUAACGAGAUUGUGACGCGUUACUACGCGUCGCGUACGGGUUAUUUGGUGAGUGUGAAUUCGUUAACGUAUGUGGCGCCUCUGCAUACCCGUUACGUGCCGGAGACGGGGGACGUGGUGAUCGGGCGUGUGGUGGAAGUGGCUCAGGGUCGUUGGUCGGUUGACAUCAACGCGUCGCACUUGGGCAAGUUGAUGUUGACGUCGGUGUCGCUGCCUUCUGGGGAGCAGCGGCGUAAGACGGAUGCGGAAGUGGUAGACAUGCGUAGAUUCUUUGCGGAAGACGACAUCGUAUUCACGGAGGUGCAGAAAGUGAAUGGCGACCAGACCUGCAAUCUGCACUCUCGUAACGCCCGUUACGGCAAGUUGUUCAACGGCUGCAUGGUCGCGGUACCAGCACCUCUGGUCAAACGCCUUGCACAACACUCUUGCGUUCUCCUUGGCGACGUCUAUGUCGUUCUUGGCAACAACGGCUUCGUAUGGAUAGGUACCAAACCCGAGACCACUUCCACUGAUACACUCAACUUCGUCGAGUCAAAGGAAAAUAGAUAUCUAUCUGUUACACCAGAUGUGCGCCGGAAAAUCGCACGCGUGCGCAACGCCAUCCUUCUACUCGCAGACCUCAACCUACUCAUCUCCCCAGACAGCAUCACCACCGUCUUCCAUGCAACCAACGCCCUCGCCAUUCCAUCUAGCGAAAUACUGCAUCAAACCAACCGUCUCAAAAUACUCAAACAGUGUUGCCAAAUCUGCACCGAUUAA